CGGGCUGCCCUGGGAGCCAGAGGGAUGGGAAGCCCCCGAGCAGCCGCGGGGAGGUACGUGGUCCUGACCACAAAGCACCAUGAAGGCUUCACCAACUGGGGGUCGCCCAGGUCCUGGAACUGGAAUUCUGUGGAUGUAGGGCCCCACCGAGACCUCGUAGGAGAGCUGGGAGAAGCCCUCAGGGAGAGGAACCUACGCUAUGGGCUCUAUCACUCCCUCAUGGAGUGGUUUAACCCACUCUAUCUUGCUGACAAAAAAAAUGGCUUCAAGACCCAGAACUUCGUUGUAAAGAAGAUGAUGCCAGAACUUUAUGAUCUCGUGUUAAAAUACAAACCAGACUUGAUUUGGUCGGAUGGAGACUGGGAAGCUCCAGAUUCCUACUGGAAUUCCACCUCUUUCCUUGCCUGGCUCUAUAACGACAGUCCCGUCAAGGACACCGUCGUCGUUAACGACCGGUGGUGUAACCGCUGCUCGUGCCGGCACGGAGGGUUCUACAACUGUGCUGACAAAUACAGGCCAGGCACUCUGCCAGAUCACAAGUGGGAGAUGUGCUCCUCCAUUGACAAGCUGUCCUGGGGCUACCGGAGCAACAUGAGCAUCGCUGAGGUCAUGGAUGAAGCAAGUAUCAUUGAGGAGCUGGUGCAGACUGUGAGCUUGGGAGGCAACUACCUUCUCAAUGUGGGACCUACCAAAGAAGGGGUGAUUGUCCCCAUCUUCCAAGAAAGACUCCUGGCCCUUGGGAGGUGGCUGGACAUCAAUGGGGAGGCAAUUUAUGAAUCCCGGCCUUGGAGAGUGCAGAUGGAGAACAGCACAGACACAGUCUGGUACACCUCCAAGGGACAGGUCGUCUAUGCCAUCUUCCUGCUCUGGCCUCGGGACAGUGUUUUGAAGCUCUGCUCGCCCAUUCCAUGCCCAGCCACACAAGUGACCAUGCUGGGAUAUGCAGGGACUCUGAAGUGGCAGGAAGAAACCCCAGGGAAAGGGCUGCUCAUCACCCUGCCCUACAUGCUCCCAUCUCCUCUCCCCCCUCAGUCUGGCUGGGCUGUGAAGCUCGAGGGUGUGUUGUGACAGCUGUGGGAUGGGCACAGCAUCUCCCAGUGCCUUUCUUUUUGACUGAAUCCAAGAGGAUUUUUCAUUUAUUGUUGAAUAAAUAAUGUUUCACUUAA